UCACUGUGUGCCUAUCGAAUUCGAUAAUCAAAACAAAAGACUAUCGGAAGCCGGCUACUAUAUUAUAUAGCCACCAGAUACGAUACGUUACCAAACCGAUCUCAUCUCCCAGACAUGGGCCACUAAUUGUUGCUGGAGAAUAACUGAAACGCCAUGAACUUUGCACGCCUGAGAUUCGGGCAGAUGGUCCUGGGAGGACUUCGAAUUCCGCGCCAGCAGCUGCAGACGCAGUGGAUGAUGAGCCGGCGCCGAUGGGUAGCCAGUGAAGCCACCUCAUCGGCUGCGGCGCCAGCGCAAGCAGCUUCUGCACCCAGAACCCAAACGCAGCCGCGGGUUAAACCAUUGCCUCUAGCUGAGGAGCGCCUGGAGUCUAUUCUAUCGCCCAUUCGCACCAGGAUUAUUCGAAAGAAGCGCUUGGCCAUCGAUGAACUGUCUGCUUUGGGUUUUCUCAACACCCGUGGUUAUACGACAGCCGAGGAGUACAAUCUGGAGGAUCUGCAGAUAGCCCUCCGCGAACAGAACCUGUACGAGACAAAGCGUUUCUUCUCCACAGACAAUCUGGACGUGGAACAGAAUGUGCUCUUUGUGGCGGCCAAAUAUCCGACGGGUCAGCAGCCGCGUGAGAUAUUUUUCUUUCGCGAGGGCUCGGUUGUCUUUUGGAACUGCAGCGACAUCGAGACGAACAAUGUGCUUAGUUUCCUGCGCGCCUUCGAAAGAGAAUCGUAUGUGAGUGCCCUGGUUCACGGGGAGAGCGAGGUGAUGCCGUACACCUAUAUCCCAUCGACGGCGGUGGACGUGGAGGGCGAUCUGGUGGCGGAGAGCAGCGACUUCAAUGUCACGUCUCGGGCAUUCUUUCAGAAUGGCAAGUUCUUUGUCACCGCCGAUACGGAUAGCUUCCUGUACAAGUACACCUUCUCCAAUGCGAUGGCGCAGUCGAUAAAGCUGGGCAUGUGGGAAGCCACGCUAGACCGCUAUAUAGACUCCAUUGAGCAUCUCACCGAGGAUCUAAAGCGUGGUCGCCGACUAAGAAUCUCUCGGGCGGCCAUGCUGCGAAAAACCGGCGAACUGUUUGCCCUUCGUCAUGUGAUCAAUCUGUCGUCGGAUCUGCUGGAUGCCCCCGAUUUCUACUGGGACCGCGAGGAACUGGAGGCGCUGUACCUGCAGGUGUGCUCCUACUUUAGCAUUUCACGGCGCACCAAGGUAAUGAACGAGAAGAUCAAUCACUGCGUGGAACUGGCCGAGCUGGUGUCCCACAACUUGAACGAUGCCCAUCACAUUCGACUGGAGUGGAUGAUCAUAAUCCUGAUCAUGGUGGAGGUGGGCUUUGAAGUGCUGCACUUCGUCAGCGAUCACAGCGAUCCGCACAAGCUAGAAGUCGUGCCACUGGCGGCACCUGCCGCCUCAAUUCCCAAAUAGCAAGUAGGCUUAGUCAACAGUUUUUGUACUAUAUUUGUAUUUUGCCGAAAUAUAUAAUUGUUAGCGUUCCAAAAAACAAA